AUGGCUGAAGCCACAGAGGACUUCUCCUCCUUACCCUUGCCCGACCGGUUCGCUCACAAGAACUGGAAAGUCCGAAAGGAGGGAUACGAGGAAGCGAAAGCGCAGUUUGAAAAGACGCCCGAUGAAUCACACCCAGUCUUCGUGCCAUUCAUACAAGAUCCCGGCCUGUGGAAAGGGGCGGUUGCAGAUUCCAACGUCGCCGCACAGUCAGAAGGUCUUGCAACAUACUGCGCCUUUUUGAAAUUCGGAGGAGCCCAGGCCUGCACGAGGACCCGGACAUAUACAAUUGGCCCAAUUGCGGAGAAAGGUCUCCCAUCUACACGACCGGCCGGUAAAGCUAGCGCCCAGGAAGCUCUUUUAUUAUGUGUUGAAUUGGAUAAGGCCGAUCCGGUGAUCGAGGAGCUACUACCCAUACUAUCACACAAAGUACCCAAGGUGGUCGCCGCCUCUCUCGCCGCCUUGACCCUCAUUUAUCACAACUUCGGCUGCAAGAUCGUCGACCCGAAGCAAACUUUGAAGGCGUUAACAAAGGUUUUUGGUCAUGCUGAUAAAAAUGUCCGCGCGGAAGCACAAAACCUAACCGUGGAACUCUAUCGGUGGCUUCGGGAGGCCAUCAAGCCUCUGUUCUGGGCCGAUUUGAAACCUGUGCAACAGGGAGAUUUGGAGAAACUAUUUGAAACUGUAAAGCAGGACCCCACACCGAAGCAAGAGCGAUUCACUCGGGCACAACAAGAUGCCAUGGCCGCGGCCAGCGCUGCACCAGCAGGCGAGGAGGGUGAAGAGCCAGCCGGCGACGAGUUUGAUGAGGAAGAGGAUGCGGUGGUUGUUGAUGCCUUCGACCUGGCGGAACCGGUUGAUGUCAUGAAGAAAAUCCCUGCCGAUUUCCAUGAUCAAUUGGCCUCGUCAAAAUGGAAGGACCGCAAGGAAGCGUUGGACGCUCUCUAUAACGUUAUCAACGUUCCCCGGAUCAAAGACGGCCCCUACGAUGACAUCGUGAGGGGAUUGGCCAAAUCCAUGAAGGAUGCCAACGUCGCGGUCGCCACGGUAGCUGCGAACUGUGUGGACGUGUUGGCCAGGGGCCUUCGCAACGGAUUUACCAAAUACCGAAGCGUCAUUAUGGCGCCCAUGUUUGAACGUUUGAAAGAAAAGAAGACGACUGUCGCAGAUGCUUUGGGCCAGGCGUUGGAUGCUGUCUUCACCACGACAACCCUUACGGAUUGCUUGGAAGAAAUCUUUGAGUAUCUCAAGCACAAGAACCCACAGAUCAAGCAGGAAACUGUCAAGUUCUUGGUUCGUUGCUUGCGCACAACCCGGACAGUACCAGCCAAGGCAGAGCAGAAAGCGAUCGCUGAUGCCGGCACAAAGCUAUUUACCGAGUCAGCCCCGGCAAUCCGCGAAGGAGCUGCUGAAAUUCUGGGUACAUUAAUGAAGAUUCUGGGUGAACGGGCCAUGAACCCGUAUGUCGAUGGACUUGACGAGAUUCGUAAAACCAAAAUCAAAGAGUACUUCGGAACCGCCGAAGUCAAGGCCAAGGAACGACCCAAGCCUAUUGUGGCACCCCCAAAGCCCGCUGCCCCGGCUGGCAGGAAGGUCGUUGGCAAGAAGCCGGCAACGGGGCUGAAAAAACUAGCCCCUGUAGCCGCUCCGCCUGCCCCAGAAGAACCCCCGGCCAGGCCUGCAGCCAGAGGAAUCCCUUCAAAGCUCGGUGCUCCGAAGGCCGGCGGCCUUCCAACUCCUGGAUCAGGUCUCAAGCUGCAACGGAAGCUUGCUGGUCCCGGAAGCACUGCGUCGCCAUCAAGACGAGUUGCCGCGCCCCCAGAAGAGGAUGUGGCUCCCCCACCAGCCGCUCCCAAGUUCGGUCUUGGUCGUGGACUUGCGGGUCGGCCCAUUGCCAGACCGUCAGCGCCUGCUGAACCUGCCCCUGCCCCUUCACCUGCCGCCAACGCUAUGGCGGCAGCCGAGCGUGCUGAGUUAGAAGAAUUACGGGCGGAGAAGGAGAACUUCAACCGAACCGUGGAAGAUAUGAAGUCCGAGCGUUCAAGGCUCAACUCAACGAUCACUGAACUUCAGAACCAGAAUGCACAGUUGAUUGAGGAUCACACCCGCGAUGUCUUGAGCAUCAAGGCGAAAGAGACUCAACUUGUUCGCGCACGGAGUGAUGCGGAAACCGCGGAGGGGAGUGUUCAAAAACAGCAGAGAGAGAUCGAAAGAUUGAAGCGUGAACUCGCACGAGCACUUCGCGCGUCUGCCAUAAGCCCACCUAACGCUACAUCCGACGCAGGAAGCAUGGGCAUGCCAGACACAAACUCCAUGUAUCAAGACCACAUUGGCAACGGCAAUGCUGCUUCACGAUCUGGUCUUCACAUGGGAUCCCGAUUCGAAAGCUCGCGUCCUCGAAGCUACGCCUCUGCUACUCCCAGUGAGGAGAGGGAGAGGGAGAACAAUGGCAUGGAAUCACCAGGACCCAGCAGUCGCAAUGGCGGCCUAGGCCGACGCAACUUGAGCCCUACAUAUGGCUACUCGGCCGUUGGUAGCCCGACGCGCUCAUCCGCCCGAAACUCCAACACAAAUUUCACCGAAGACGACCAGCAGCAACCCAGAUCUUCUGAACCAGCAGAGAACUGGAAGCGAGCCGCGGAAGUCACCAGCCAACUGAAGGCGAGAAUUGAACAAAUGAAGGUACGCCAAGGGCUUUCACGACCUCCUCAACGUUAA